AUGACGGUGGAAGCGAACGUUGGACCAAUCUCCGUGGUUUCUGCAUCUGCUGGUCACCAUGAAGCUUCCAGUGAUAGGGACCAUAAAUUUCUAACCCAAGCUGUCGAAGAAGCAUACAUUGGAGUCGAAUGUGGUGAUGGCCGUCCGUUUGGAGCGGUUAUUGUUCAUAAGAACGAAAUCGUUGUGAGCUGCCACAAUAUGGUUUUGAAAUACAAAGACCCUACCGCACAUGCUGAAAUCGUAGCCAUUAGAGAGGCAUGCAAGAAACCGAACGAAGUAAAGUUAUGGGAAUGCGAGAUGUACGCGUCCUGCGAGCCUUGUGCGAUGUGUUUUGGAGCCAUCCAUCUCUCAAGACUCAAGAGAUUGGUGUAUGGGGCCAAAGCAGAAGCAGCUGCAGCCGUUGGUUUCAGUAGCUGCAUAGCCAACACUGGGCUCUACCAUAAGUCUAACCUAGAGAUCGUAAAACUCGAUCUGAGUAUCGCCGAGCAAAUGUUCCAGAAGUUCAGUUUAUCGUAA